AUGAACAAGUUUGUCUUACUAAUGAGUCUUUGCCUGCUCGGGUCUGCCAGAGGAACAUCAGGUCACCCUGAUGAACCUCCUGGCUCUAUGGAUCAUCAUGCUUCAGUUCAACAACUUUCAGGAGAGUACUUUUCACUUGCAAACCCUUCAGAUGCUGAGGCUUUAUAUGAGACUUCUUCAAGAGGGAACACUUUAAGUGAGCACACUUCUGGAGAACAUGAUGCCGGUGAACAUACUUCGGCUGACCACACUGCAGAUGAACAGCCUUCAGGUGAGCAUGCUGCAAGUGAACAGCCUUCGGGUGAGCACGCUGCAGGUGAACAGCCUUCGGGUGAGCACGCUGCGGGUGAACAGCCUUCGGGUGAGCACGCUGCAGGUGAACAGGCUUCGGGUGAGCAAGCUGCGGCUGAACAGGCUUCGGGUGAGCACGCUGCGGCUCAACAGUCUUGUGGAAAACUCCAAUUCAUGGUUCAGGGGUGUGAGAACAUGUGCCCAUCUAUGAACCUCUUCUCCCAUGGAACCAGGAUGCAAAUUAUAUGCUGCCGGAAUCAACCUUUCUGCAACAAGAUUUAG